AUAGUCAAAGCAUAUGAAUAAUACAAAAUUUAAACUGUUGCGAUUAUUGUGAAGUGAAAAGAGUAUAAAUUUUAAAUAAAAAAGAUAAAUAAAAAUAAACAAUAAAAAACCUCGCGUUGGUUCUGUGGGUAACUCGGAUUCUUGUUGCGUUCUCCUUUUACCUACUUUUAUAAUCUACGUGCGUCCCUUAUGUAGCAAUUUAUCUAGAACAGAUGAAGUGCUUAUUUUUAGGUCCUACAUUUUAGAUUUGAUAUUUUUUUUUAAAGAGAAUUAUAAAUGUGAUAUAUAAUCAAUAUGAUAUGAUUGAGAGAACAACCCUUCCUGAUUGGUUGGCAUUGUUUGGAAAUUUUUAACCCACCAUGUUUUUAUCUGCUAGACUACUACGGAGUACUCCGUAUUUAUUAAUUUUUUGAGGGAUUGGGCAUCAAAGUGAUGAAACCUCAUAAAUAGUUAAGUUGCAACACUAACUUUUUCAUGUUUCAUCCUUACGCCACUCAACUUAACAUAAACAUGAAUGCAGAUAAACUACAAGAUGAUAAUACUUCCACUUGUGAAGGCCUUUCUUUCAUGACCAAAUUACAAUACGCCGCCCACUCUUUCAUCACCAAACUCGCCUACCACUCCGACGGCACCGUCAACCGCUUCCUUGUAAACCUCGCCGAUAUCCGCUCACCACCUUCUUCCACCCCUGUCAAUGGUGUCACCUCCUAUGAUCAUACCUUUGACUCUUCCCGUAAUCUUUGGUUUCGAAUUUUUAUUCCCGCCAACGCUCCCUCCACUCUUUCUCUUCCGGUUAUCGUCUACUUCCAUGGCGGAGGCUUUGUCUCCUUCUCUCCCGCCACCAUGCCUUACAACACUUUUUGCCGGAAGAUUUCCGGAGAUGUUUCCGCUGUCGUCAUCUCCGUAGGCUACCGCCUUGCGCCGGAGCAUCGGUGGCCGGCGCAGUAUGAAGACAGUUUCAACGUCUUGAAGCUCCUCGACGACAAAGAGAUGAGGGAGAAAAUCAGAGUUUUUCCGGCGAAUGCUGACGUCAGCCGGUGUUUCCUCGCCGGAGAUAGUGCCGGCGGGAAUAUAAUUCACCACGUGGCGAUACGAGCUUGCGGGACCCACUUCCAGUCGGUUAGGGUUCGCGGGCUUAUUUCAAUUCAACCGUUUUUUGGCGGGGAAAAAAGGACUCGAUCCGAACUUCGGGUGAAGAACCCCCCGGCGUUGACUUUAGCCCAAACCGAUUUCUUUUGGAAGGCAUUCUUACCUACCGGGUCGGACCGAGACCACCCAGCAGCGAAUAUAAUCGGGCUAAGGUCCGAGGAUAUCUCGGGUUUAGAGUCAUUCCCGCCAACACUCGCGGUUGUUGGCGGGUUAGAUAUAUUGCAAGAUUGGGGGAGGAAGUAUUGUGAUGUGUUGAGAAAGUCCGGGAAAGAAGUGGAAUUAAUUGAGUAUCCAAAAGUUGGUCAUUUCUUUUAUAGUGCUCCAGAAUUGCCUGAAUAUGAAAUGUUUGUUGCUAAAAUUGUUGAAUUUGUUCAAAGAUUGAAAACCUGAUAUGUGAAUAAUAUGUGUGAUAAUUGAUAUUGCUAUGUAUAUUACACUUUCCGAUGCUUGUAUUAUUUUAUGAAAGCAAGAUAAUGUUAGUCUGUAUAAUAAUUUAUUUAUUUUUGAAUAAAUCUGUAUAAUAAUAUAGGAGCAUCUUUUGUGUCAAAUGAUGGUUGUUGCUUACUAUAUUACUAUGUAUUGAAAGAUAUUACUAUGUAAUGUAUAUUACUAUAAUAUGUUUGCUCAGAGUUGGUAUU